AUGAGCAAACCACUGGCCUUCGGGCUGAACAAGAAGCCUGGUGCUCCUCAGCCUGCACCGCGCCGCAAGCCUAUGUUUGGCGGUGAAGACUCCGAUUCUGACGCAAACGACGGAGACAACAAGACUCAAGCGAUUGGCGGCGAUCUUGACGACGAUUUUGGCGCAUCGCAACCGCAACAAGAUUCUGGGUCGCGCAAGCCCAAGUCGAAACCCGGCCUGACCACCAAAGGCCCGCCACCGAAGCUCAACGCGAAAUCACAACCCAAUGUCAUGUUUGGCGACUUGUCAAGCUCGCUCACGUCGCGCAAGAAUGCCGCGUCCGCGGCCGAGGUGGACGCCAGCGUCUACGAGUACGAUAACGUGUACGAAUCCUUUAAACCCCAAAAGCAAGCGACAAAAGAAGAUGUCGAGAAGAAGCCGAAAUAUAUGAAGAAUUUGAUACAAGCAGCGGAUGUGCGCAAGCGUGAUUUACUCAUUGCGGAGGAAAAGAAGAUUGCGCGUGAGCGAGAAGCCGAAGGCGACGAGUUUGCCGACAAGGAAAAGUUUGUGACGGCGGCAUAUAAGAAGCAACAGGAGGAAAAUAGGCGCAUAGAAGAAGAAGAGAAGAGGAGGGAAGAGGAAGAGGCAAAAAAGGGCAAUGCUGGGGGCAUGUCAGCGUUUUACCGCCAGCUGUUGGACAAGGACGAGCAACGUCACGCCGAGUCCGUCAGAGCGGCAGAGGAAAUGACCAAAAAUCCUAGCACCAAAGACGGCGCAGAGGAGCCCGAUGCGAAGGAGGAGGAGGAGGAGGACGAUGACAAGGUACAAGCGGCGCGUGCUAGAGCUCUCAACGAAAAGGGCGCGUCAGUCGAAGUCAACGAAGACGGGCAGGUGGUCGACAAGAGACAGCUGCUCCGUGGCGGCCUAAACCUGGACCUCAAGAAGAAGACGGCCGCCCAGCAACAAGCGCAGCGCAAGCCGGCCGAGCGCGAGCCCAAGGACAGCCAUGCGCCCAGCCAGGCUGGUAGACGACAGGCCAUGCGCGAGCGCCAAUCGCGGAUGAUGGAGGAGCAGCUGGAGCAAUCGAUGAAGCGCGCGUACGACGAUGAGGAGAUCAAGAAGCAGGAGCUGGAGCGGGCAUCCAAGAGCCGCAAGACGGAAGGCGAGAUUUCGAGCGCCAAGGAGAGAUAUUUGGCCAGAAAGCGGGCCGCAGAUGAAGCUAAAAAGACGGGCGGCGCUGCGCCGUCGGUAUAA